GGGAACUUCACUUACCAACCUGUUCAUGACAAAGGAAGGGAUUUGUCUGUCUCAGUCUCAUUUAAAAGAUUUGAGCUCACUCCCAUUCCUUUCUCUCAAAGCUGACUCUGACACACCCACACAGAUAGAUCGACUGAAGCUGUUUGAGUUUUACCACUCGGUCUCUGUGUCUAGGAUUAAGCUUUGACUAGUGGGAACUGUUCAGCGGUGCAUCAUGGCAGUGAACGUCCUCGGAGUUGUAGUGAUGCUGGUUUUCUACCUGAUGGUCCUCAGCAUGGGCAUCUGGGCUUCCUUUAAAGCCAAGAGGGAGCAGAAGGAGAGUGGAGCUGGUGAAAUGGAGAUGAGUUUGCUGGGGAACAGACAAAUUAGCUGGAUAGUAGGGAUCUUCACGAUGACAGCUACGUGGGUUGGGGGGGGCAUGGUUGUCGGCACAGCUGAGAUGGUGUACACUCCAUCACAGGGACUAAUCGAUGUCAUCAUGAUGCUCAGUGCAUUUAGCGCUUCUUUUCUUUUAUGUGCUUUUGUGUUUGCUAAACCACUGAGGGAAAAGAACUAUGUGACAAUAAUGGACCCUUUCCAAGUCAAGUAUGGAAAAGUACUGACGGCUGGAUUGUCCUUAUUUUCAAUUUUGGCUGAGAUAUUGUGGGUGCCUGCAUCACUUAUUGGUCUUGGAGGAACCAUGAGCAUUGUUCUAGAUUUGCCCUACAAUGUGUGUGUCUGGAUCUCCGCUGCCACUGUCAUUAUCUACACACUGAUGGGAGGAUUCUACUCUGUGGCCUAUACAGAUAUUAUACAGCUUCUCCUCAUAUUUAUAAGUUUGUGGCUCUGUGUUCCCUUCAUUCUGAUGAAUCCAAACUGCAAGAACAUUAGCCAGACACUGAUGAACAACACACUGCACGGGCCAUGGAUCGGCAAACCAGAGCUGAAGAGGAUUGGACUCAUGAUGGACAACUUCUUACUCUUUUCAGUAGGCAGUCUGGGAUAUCAGUGCCUUCACCAGAGGACUUUGGCUGCUUCCUCUUUAGCCACCUUUAAGACCACCAGUGUGCUUGCUGCCAUUGUCCUGCCCAUUCUUAUAGCACCCACCGUGCUGAUUGGAGCAGCUGCCACAUCUACAGAUUGGAACCUGACAUCUUAUGGUUCACCUUUCCCACAUGAACGUGGUGAAAGCGCUAUGAUUCUGCCCAUCGCCCUGCAGCACCUGACCCCGCCCUUCAUCUCCAUCAUUGGUAUUGGAUGUGUGGCUGCUGCCGUGAUGUCAUCAGCCGACUCUAUUUUGAUUUCUACUACUUCUGUCUUUACCUCCAACAUCUACAAGGGAAUUUUCAGACCACAGGCAUCAGACAGAGAACUGGCCUGGGUGAUCCGUGCUUGUAUCCUGGUGGUAGGUUUGGUGGGUUCGAUAUUAGCCCACGAAACAAACAGCACCUUAUUGUUCUUUUUUCUUACUGCGGAAGUUGCCUACAUCGUGAUCUUCCCUCAGCUGUUCUGCAUCCUCUUCUUCAAUAUUUCUAAUGGUUACGGUGCAGUUAUGGGCUGCGUGGCAGGAAUGGUGCUGAGACUGCUCUGUGGAGCCUCAUCACUUGGCCUCCCGGUUGUCAUCCACUUACCAGGAUGUGUCCUUGAGGAUGGAGUUUAUGUCCAGUAUGCUCCAGUUAAAACCAUGUCCAUGCUGUUGACCACUGCUGCCAUCCUAUUGUUCUCUUAUCUGGCGUCUGUGAUCUUUAACAAAGGGCUGCUUCCGGAGCAGUGUGACGUGUUCAGAGUGAGAGCUGAGCGGCCGACGACUCCAGUAAAGAGAGCCAAAGGGAAUAGGAUGUCGACCAACAAAUGUUCUCAGGCAGAGGCCUCAGAACCAAUGAUGAACACAACCUGUUAGUCCCUGCACCUCGAACACAUGCAGUACGUUGUAUCUCCAUCAGACCAUAUGUCACUCUGGAGGUCACUGCAUGAGCAGCAUAUGGUUUAUUGGUGGUGUGAUAUUAGGUCUACACUGUGUGGUUUUAGUGCUGACUACUCAAAGAUGCCAAAGAUGCCCUUUUAUCAAAGGUCAUUUAAAAAAAAAAAGGACAAUCUGUCCAAUAUUAGCGGAAUUAUGUAAUGUCUGUAAGAAUUGUUUUUUCUUCCGAUAAAUUAGUCUAAUGGUUCUUCUCUACCUUCCAGUGGGCUCACCACCCGCAGGAAGGUUCAAGGUUGUGUGGUGCAGUGUGAUUUGGGUGGCGGUCGUGGACACUGCUGCCCCUGCAACCCGGUAAUGGAUAAGUGGAUGAAAAUGGAUGGAUGGAUGGUUCUUCUCUAUGUUGGGCAAGGGACAAACGCAGAUACUGCCACCAUUUAUAAUUGAGAACUGGGAUUACAAUAGGAAAAAAGAAGAGAAAGUAAAAGCAGUAAAGACAGGAAAUGAUUUAGUGUAGAUGUUUAGCACAGUACUAAAAUAACGGGGUAACUAGCAGGUAGUAGCUGGUGAAAAAAAAAUCGUAAAAACACCAACAUAAUAAUUACAUUGAAAAAGUGAAUUUUGCAAGGCAGUUGAUAAGAUGCUUACUGUGACCACUAGGAGGAGCACAUUCAGAAAAAAAAUACAAUCUGCUUAGUGUGUGGCCGUAAUAAUGUACAGUAUAUUGCAUAUAUUAAAUUUCUACCUCAUCCUAGAAGCAUUUUUAUUAGGCAUUUGAAGUUCAGCACAUGGCAUGCAGUAAAAAAUGAAGAACAGGAAAAAAAAAUCACACACAAGGAAUUGUGUAUGAAGCUCAGAGUUGUUGCCUUUUUUUCUCCCUUAGUCAGAUCUGUGCUCCAUCUCUCAUCUCUUUAUGUGGGUCCCUCCAGAGUAAUGUGGCCCAGGGGGCUGCUGGUAUUGUACAUGUCUACUGCAGCAUUAAGAAUGACAGGCCUUUGUCUGCACCCUGCACUCACCGC